AUGCUCACUCUCCCACUCCUCGUCCUUGCGCUCACCGCUCAGCACGCCGCUGCACAGCACGACCAUGGACCCACGUCUGGAAGCUCAGAUUCCAGUAUGGUCAUGAUGGUUCCUUGGCUUCAUUUCACGCCAGGAGAUACCCUCCUCUUCAAGAACUGGAUCCCCAGAAAGCCAGGCGCCAUCUUUGGUGCAUGCAUCGGCCUCUUUAUGCUUGCAAUUCUCGACAGAUGGCUCGCUGCGAUGCGCCGCCUUAUGGAACUCUGGUGGGCACAGCGUGCACGAUCAGCUAUUACACGUCGAUUCGUCGAACUUUCAGACAAGUCGCGUUCAGAGGAGGAAAAGCUGGGCGAGAUCAACAUCAGACCGGCCAGUGGCUCGAAGCGCCAGACGCAGCCUACAGCACGCUUCUCUCGCGAAGCAAUCCCUCCAUUCAUUCUCUCUCACGACCUCGCUCGGGGAGCGUUCGUAGUCUGCCAGACCGCCAUAACCUAUGCGCUGAUGCUGACCGUGAUGACUUUCAACGCCUCUUUCAUUCUCUCUAUACUCCUCGGUCUCGGUACUGGAGAGGUUCUCUUUGGGAGACUUGCCUAUGCUUCCGCCCAUGUAGACCACUAG